GUAGGUUGGCACAGCAGCCAGAAAACCCAUAUCCAGUCUUUUUGUAGUCAUAUAUCGUGGAACUUAGUGCUGCAAAGUUCAAAAAGCCAGGUUUAUAUCAGCAGCGAAGUACUGAAAAGCAGAACAGCAGGUCUAUGCCAUCUUUGUUUUCCAAGGGUCACUGUCAACUUCCUCUUUAUCACAAGCUUUUGCCACUUGUUACCCUCUACAGACCGCUUGUCAAACGUUGGAUCUUAUCACAACUGUAGUGCAAAUAAUUUCUGGCAACCACAUGGGCUACAUAUUCUGGUAACCUGACCUUUAUUGUCUAUCGUUCUUCACUCUUACUACGUCCCCCUCCCCCUCGCAAAAUCACCCACCACUCCGGUCCUGGGAGGUGGGGACUUCAGCCAAGCCAAGGUUUUUAAGAAUCAAGACCCCUACUUCGUGAGAUCAGUCUCUACUAGAAGUUCAAACGUUCAUAUUUGUGCUUGACCAUAAGUAUAAUAAAGAUGCCGAGAGCAUUUUUGAUUCGUCGUCAAAAUUCUGCACCGAUGGACAUUGAAGAUACAAAUGAAACAAGAGAGAACAGCCCAGAAAGAAGUGUCUCUACCGCAGAAGGUAACUUCUACACGUAUAUCACAGAGCUGUCAUCCCCCAUGAAGCCCGCCAGCCCAAAGUCUCCUGCCUGCCUCUCCCGCCUCUCAGACUAUUUUGUUGCUCUUCCCUUGAUGGCUUACUUCGGGGAUGAGCAGAAAGAGCCACUAAGUUUAACCGUGGAGCGAAGCUCUCCUACACACCAGCACGAACAGAAUGAUUCAAAAGUCACAGGGGGUGAAGCAACAAGCUCCCUACAGGAGGAAAUUCUUCAGAACCAUCAAAUAGUCUCAGAAACGUCGACUUGUGAUAGUCAUUGUUGCCCCGACUGUGGUAAGGUGUACAGCACUAGUAGUAAUUUAGCUCGCCACAGACAGACCCAUCGCAAUGUGGCCGAUAAGAAAUCUCGUAAGUGUCCACAUUGUCAAAAAGUGUACGUGUCCAUGCCGGCGUUCAGCAUGCACGUGCGCACGCACAGCCAGGGCUGUCAGUGUCCGUACUGCGGUAAGUGCUUUAGUCGACCAUGGCUACUUCAGGGCCAUAUCCGAACACACACUGGAGAGAAGCCCUUCGCAUGCCCAGUCUGCAACAAAGCAUUUGCCGAUAAGUCCAAUCUGAGAGCCCACAUCCAAACCCACUCCACCAACAAACCCUUUAUAUGCCAAAGAUGUGGUAAGGCCUUUGCUCUCAAAAGUUACUUGUACAAGCACGAGGAGUCUUCAUGCAUGCGACUGAAUAAACACAGAUCUAGUGGUCGAGGAGACAACAGAAAUUCUUAUCAGCAUGUCUUAAAAAGUGAACAACCUUCCAGCGCCUUUAACAAACAGAUGUCUCCACAGUUUCUGAAAAUCUAGGCUUAAGAUGCCAAUUCCAAGAGUUUAAAAGUGCCAUGAACUGUGACAUUGAAAAAUAUGAUCAAAAGCAUCUUCAACCACAAGAAAAAAAAAUGGAUAUAAAAAAUAAAUCAAACAUUGACGCGCUGAUAAGACAUUUUGGUUUGAAUAACAGUUUAUUCUGGUUUUGAUAUUUUCUGUGCCAACAAGCUCCAAUCUUUUGUGAAAUUAUAUAACUCUUCGCAAUUGGCUAGAGCUCUAGCAAAAAUAUAUUAUAUACAAAGUUGGGUGAUUUUUUUUUACUUAUAUUUUUUAAUGAAAAAGAAUCUCAGCUGUUUUCACAAUUAACAAAAACAACUUGAUUUUUAUCACGUGCAAAUUAAAUAACUUGGUUUGUCGACAGAGGAUUUAAUACACUAAAUAUAGCAUACAUACAUAGUUUCAAAUAUCACUAAAUUACUAAAACUUUAAGAUUCAUUCCAAAAAUCAUUUCAGUAUGAAUAGUUUUCAAUUUUCAAUAAUAAUAAUAAAAUAAACACAUUAUAUUACAAGCCAACAUUCCUGAAAAUUUUAACACGUUGGCUACGUUAUUAUUAUUAUUAAAAACUGAAAUAGCAUAGUUUCAGUUUUAUGCAAUGGAAGCACAUCUUAGCUUUGAAUCUUUAUUGGUAUCCCAGUUUUAUUGGGAAGAUGAUCCUCCUCGAGAGAAGGCAUUAAGACAUUAAAGUACUUAUAAAAUCUUGUGGAUUCACAUAUUUUUGGUGAUUUAUCUUUUAUAAAUAAAAUAUCACCCAUUUCAAAGUCUGUAAAGGAGAUCGUUGUUAAUUUGGAAUGGAUAAUAAACUCAUUCGUUUUCACACUUUUAUUCUUAACGACAAGAGAUUGAGUGUAAUGAUGUGAAAAUAAAAUCGCAUUAACAGAAUUAUAUAUCUCUGCUUAGUAAGGACCAACCGUUUUUGUUGUUUUUUAGGUUCGUGUGAAUUAUUUUGUGUGUUUUUACGAAUUUUAUAAAAUAUCAAGCAUUAUAAAUAAGCUAGAUCGUGUGAAAGAUAAAUUACUUAGUGUCUGAUAUUUAUAGUGGAUGUCUAUUGUAGUUAUAACAGUUUCAGAAUGAAUGGUGUAUACCAUUAUGGAUUUCACAAAUAUAUUUUGAUAGCGUGUGUGUGUGUGACAAGCAUUUUGUAUUUGGAAACUAUUUUGUUAAAUAUUUGUGUGGAUUUUGAAAUAAUAUUUCACUAAUUCCAUUUUUACAAGAUAGUAUUUUUUUAUAACAUAAUGAAUGAUGAUGUUGUUUACUGACUAUCUAAUCGUAUAAAUGCUUGGUCAUCUUGUAAGAAUAAAAGUAUCAUCUAAAACCUAUUUAAGUUCUUAAAGUACGCAGCAGUUGCCAGAAAGGGUGUUUUGAACAAAAACAUACCUUAAUACUAAAAAUAUAUAUAUAUAUACACCUUUGAUAUCAUUAUUCAUAACCUUCUGAUACUGUGAAGAAUAUAGAAUAACUAAACAUUUACAAAAUUAUAUGAGAAUCUAGUUUUAAUAUAUUUAAAAAUAGCAGUCACAGAGCACUGUGGUUUAGACAUAUCCAGUACUGGUUGCAUGUUUAACUCAAAAUCCUAAAAAUAAAUUUGCACUUUGCUGGGGGUAAAAGCGUCUCAGAUGUAACUGCGAAUGAGAGUUUUAUUUAUUAUAUCGUAUUUAUUUUCUAACUGAAAGAUACUUUUCUAAUCAACAAAUGGUUAAGCUGAUAGUGCCCUCGUUCAUGCAACAGUUAUGCCUAUAUUUAAAUAUAUUCUGAUAAUUCUUCUUUUAUCCUUUUCGCGAAAUCUGUAUAUUGUAAGUUUAUUAUCGAAAUCUAAUAGAUAAAAAUACAAUUGCAACUGCAUGAUAUUUGAUGAUAAUAUAAAACAAUUAAAUUCGUUUAAUAAUU